GUGCUUGCGGGGAGUGCGGGGGAGUGUGUUUGUGUGUGUGCGUGUGGGUGUGAGUGCCUGGCUCCUUCUCGCUGACACACACACACACACACACACACACCCCGGCAGGCUCGUCUGAACUUGAAGACACCCCACAUUCCAUGAUGCCCGAGGUUCCUGGGAAUGCCUGGGGUUCUUGGAUCCGGAAAAUCCUACGGGCAUCUUCCUAGGAAGGAAUUCUGUUUUCUUUCCUUUUUUUUUUUUUUUCUUAAACCUGGAAGAGAAGAGAACAAGUUGUGCUCCCCCCACCCUUCUUCUUGCUAAAUGCCAUGGAUAUAACUGAAUAAGCCGCUCAGGGCUCUCCCCGCGCGGACGUCGGAGGCCACCAUCUGCCUGCAUUCGCCGGAGCCGGAGGUUUAGCUCGAGCCUGUCUCGGGCGGGGAAGGAUGCGUGGCCGAGCCGGGGAGCCCGAGCGCCCCGCGGAGCCGGCCUCGGAGCCUCCCAGCCGAGGGUAGAUGCUGCCUUGCCCAGGCGCCAAGGCCGAGUGACCAGACCAUGGAGACCCUGCUUGGUGGGCUGCUGGCGUUUGGCAUGGCGUUUGCCGUGGUCGAUGCUUGCCCCAAGUACUGUGUCUGCCAGAACCUGUCUGAGUCACUGGGGACCCUGUGCCCCUCCAAGGGGCUGCUCUUCGUGCCCCCCGACAUCGACCGGAGGACAGUGGAGCUGCGCCUGGGUGGCAACUUCAUCAUCCACAUCGGCCGCCAGGACUUCGCCAACAUGACGGGGCUGGUGGACCUGACUCUGUCCAGGAACACCAUCAGCCACAUCCAGCCCUUCUCCUUCCUGGACCUGGAGAGCCUCCGCUCCCUGCACCUGGACAGCAACCGGCUGCCCAGCCUGGGAGAGGACACCCUCCGGGGCCUGGUCAACCUGCAGCACCUCAUCGUCAACAACAACCAGCUGGGUGGCAUCGCGGAUGACGCCUUCGAGGACUUCCUGCUGACGCUGGAGGACCUGGACCUCUCCUACAACAAUCUGCAUGGCCUGCCCUGGGACUCCGUGCGGCGCAUGGUCAACCUCCACCAGCUGAGCCUGGACCACAACCUGCUGGACCACAUCGCCGAGGGCACCUUUGCCGACCUGCAGAAACUGGCCCGCCUGGACCUCACCUCCAACAGGCUGCAGAAGCUGCCCCCAGAUCCCAUCUUUGCCCGCUCCCAGGCUUCUGCUCUGACCGCCACGCCCUUUGCCCCGCCCUUGUCCUUUAGUUUCGGGGGGAACCCGCUGCACUGCAAUUGCGAGCUGCUUUGGCUGCGGAGGCUCCAGAGGGAUGAUGACCUGGAGACCUGUGGCUCUCCGGGGGCCCUCAAGGGGCGCUACUUCUGGCACGUGCGUGAGGAGGAGUUUGUGUGUGAGCCGCCUCUCAUCACACAGCACACACACAAGCUGCUGGUCCUGGAGGGCCAGGCGGCCACGCUCAAGUGCAAGGCCAUCGGGGACCCCAGUCCCCUUAUCCACUGGGUAGCCCCCGAUGACCGGCUGGUGGGCAAUUCCUCAAGGACCGCUGUAUAUGACAACGGCACCCUGGACAUCCUCAUCACCACGUCUCAGGACAGCGGCGCCUUCACCUGCAUAGCCGCCAACGCUGCGGGGGAGGCCACGGCCACCGUGGAGGUAUCCAUUGUCCAGCUGCCACACCUCAGCAACAGCACCAGCCGCACGGCGCCCCCCAAGUCCCGCCUCUCGGACAUCACGGGCUCCAGCAAGACCGGCCGAGGUGGUGGAGGCAGCGGGGGCGGGGAGCCUUCUAAAAGCACCCCCGAGAGGGCUGUGCUGGUGUCCGAUGUGACCACCACCUCGGCCCUGGUCAAGUGGUCGGUCAGCAAGUCGGCGCCGCGGGUGAAGAUGUACCAGCUGCAGUACAACUGCUCCGACGAUGAGGUACUGAUCUACAGGAUGAUCCCAGCCUCCAACAAGGCCUUCGUGGUCAACAACCUGGUGUCGGGGACAGGCUACGACCUGUGCGUGCUGGCCAUGUGGGAUGACACGGCCACGACCCUCACGGCCACCAACAUCGUGGGCUGCGCCCAGUUCUUCACCAAGGCUGACUACCCGCAGUGCCAGUCCAUGCACAGCCAGAUCCUGGGUGGUACCAUGAUCCUGGUCAUCGGGGGCAUCAUCGUGGCCACGCUGCUGGUCUUCAUCGUCAUCCUCAUGGUGCGCUACAAGGUCUGCAAUCAGGAGGUCCCCAGCAAGAUGGCAGCAGCCGCUGUCAGCAACGUGUACUCGCAGACCAAUGGGGCCCAGCCUCCACCUCCGGGCAGCGCGCCCGCCGGGCCAGCCCUGCCAGCCCUGCAGCCGCGGCCCAAGGUGGUGGUGCGGAACGAGCUGGUGGGCUUCAGCGACUCUUCCUCUUCCAGCUCACUGGGCAGCGGGGAGGCUGCGGGGCUGGGACGGGGUCCCUGGAGACUUCCACCCCCUGCCACCCGCCCCAAACCCAACCUUGACCGCUUGAUGGGGGCCUUUGCUUCCCUGGACCUCAAGAGUCAGAGGAAGGAAGAGCUGCUAGACUCCAGGACUCCAGCAGGGAGAGGGUCCGGGACAUCAGCCAGGGCCCAACACUCAGACCGAGAGCCACUGCUAGGGCCCCCGGCCGCCCGGGCCAGGAGCCUGCUCCCUCUGCCCCUGGAGGGCAAGACCAAACGCAGCCACUCCUUUGACAUGGGGGACUUUGCAGCUGUGGCUGCCGCUGCAGGAGGGGUGGCCCCCGGUGGCUACAGUCCUCCCCGGAGGGUCUCAAACAUCUGGACGAAGCGCAGCCUUUCCGUCAAUGGCAUGCUCUUGCCAUUUGAGGAGAGUGACCUUGUGGGGGCCCGGGGGACUUUCGGCAGCUCCGAGUGGGUGAUGGAGAGCACGGUGUAGCCCCCGGGUGGUACCCUCCCUCCCACCCUCGAGGAGUGGGAGAAGUAGGGCAAAGGACCUUUUCGGGCAAGUCUUGUGGAGUUUCCAUGGUGAUGUUUACAUCCAGGGGCAGUUCUGUCUCCCGGUCAAGGCCUCUCGUCCCUUCCCCCCAGUCCCCCGCCCCCCAUGUCACCUUCCCAGGCCCGUCCCCACCACCCAGCAGGGUGUGCUCAGGGAAUGUGACUCGCUCAAGUGUCCGCUGAGCCCUGAGUGUUUGGAGAGGCGGGGACUCCGUCUUUCUGAUCACAAAUGUAGCUUCGAGCAAGCGGCUUCGGAUCGCU